CGUAAAACCCGGCUUCCUCUCAGAGCUUACCUACAUCUGCUUCAUCUCCACACCUCAACUUCUACAAAAACACCAACAAUGACGUCUCAAGUCACACUGCUGCUCAUCUGCAUGCUUUUCUCCAGAGCACUGUCACUGACUUGUCUCCAGUGUCUGCCAUCAGUGUCUGGAACAUGUAACAACAUACAGACAACCUGUCCAGAUCAGUGUCUCACUCUGACCACUUCUGUGUACUCGAGUGGUACAAAUUUGUCAUAUGGUAAAAUGAAGACUUGCGGCAUGACAGAGAUGUGUGUUAGCAUGAGCAUGAACCUGGGAAUGAUGAAAAUGACCUACAAUGCCAAAUGCUGCAGCACUGAUCUCUGCAACUCUGAAACUCUGCCAGCUCUUCCACAGCAGGCUCCCAAUGGGAGAAUGUGUUACACCUAUGCUGCUAACGGCUACUCAGGCAAAAUGAGCUGUGAAGGAAAUGAAGAUCGCUGCAUGACUGCAUCAGUUCGCCUAGGAAGUAAUACCCUGUCUGUGUUGAAAGGAUGUGUGUCCAAGAACUUCUGCGUUGCAUCUGGAUCAUCAGGCAUGCCAGAAAUCGGUCUAUCAAAUGUGGAGUGUUGUGAGGGGAACCUGUGUAACACAGGGAAUUCCUCAGGUGACAGUUCUGCGAGUAACACAGGGAGUUCCUCAGGUGACAGUUCUGCGAGUAACACAGGGAGUUCCUCAGGUGACAGUUCUGCGAGUAACACAGGGAGUUCCUCAGGUGACAGUUCUGCGAGUAACACAGGGAGUUCCUCAGGUGACAAUUCUGCGAGUAAAACACUGAGUUUCCUCCUCAUGAUCGUCCCUCUGCUCUCUUCCAUCCUCUUCUACUGAGCUCUCGGCUUAUGAAGUAGCUCACUUUAAGCUUUAUCUGGUACAGUAUGAAAAAGGGAAAUAGAAAGGUAAUAGAAAUAUAAGUUUAUUUUUGGUUGUUAAGGGUUUUUUAGAUUGUCUUAGUUCUAACUGAUUUAUAGAUAAUAAUUUUGUUUGCAAAUCAAUUAUGAUAAAAAAAAGACUUUAAUCUUUGACUAGACUAACAAGUCUAGACUAGACUAACAAGUAAGAAAUUGAAUAUUAAGUCUAAGUUAGGUCUAUGGAUGUUAUUCAUUUUUAUUAAUUUUUUCAUAUUAUAAUAUUAACUAAUAUUCAGAUUAUUAUUAUUAUUAUUAUUAUUAUUAUUAUUAUUAUUAUUACCAAAAGCUUUAUUGUGAGGUAACCAAACUGCUUUGUGCUGUGCAUGUUUAUUAAAUAUAUGUAAUAAAUGAAUAUAUGUCUUA